AUGGAAAAGCUCUGCUCACUUAUUAAUACCUAUCUGAUGGAGGAGAUGGACUACUCAGCUUUAGCAUUGUCAGAGUAUGUAUAUAGAAGGGAAAAAACAAAUGCAACCACCAUGCUCCUACUUAAGGCGAUGUAUAAGCUGUCGUACUAUGAAAGGUGCAUUGAGACAAUAGAGCUGAACAGCGCAAUGAUGAGGAUCCACGAGGCCAGAAUUAUAUAUCAUAGAUGUAAGUUCCUGGUAGGCAAGAAAAGCAAGGGCCUUCUUAUGGACGCUGAAUGCGAUGAGAAGAUGGUCAAGUAUCCUGCUGCAGAGAUAUCCAAGAAAAGCGUUAGGUUGCUUUUCGAAGGGCUGACAAAGGAAGAUGUUAAACAGAAGGAAAUCCUUUUGGAGGCAUAUAGAUGCGAUAACCGCAAUCUGGAGGCAUUGCUACGGAUGAAAAACGAGAGCCUGAUAAGCAAAAAGGAGCUGCUCGUACUUAUAGACGAAUGCAAGGAUGAUCUUAUGCGAGGGAUUUAUUUAGAGAUAUUUUAUCCGUCCUUCGAGCCUGACUUUUGUUUCCUACCCUUCUACUCGCCAUGGUAUGGAUUCAAGUUAGCAAAGCAGUAUUACAAAAAAAGAAAGGACAUGUUGCUGUUCAACUUAGGCGUCUCAAUGGUCAGGCUAUAUCCGAACUCCGAGCAUUCUUUCAUCAGUUUGGGGUUGUUUUUCUUGAUGUCCUCCAACUAUCCAGAAGCCAGAAGGUGCUUCUACAAGGCUGUCCAGAUAAACAACAAAUAUGGAAGAGGAUGGCUGUAUCUUGGGAUGGCAUAUUCUGGAAUGAAGGAAUGCGAGAGCAGCAUAGCAUGCCUGAACAUAGCCUAUAAGACAAUGAUCGGAUCUUACAAACCUUCUUUUUACCUAGCAACUGAAUAUCACCGGAUGAACAACUUCGAGAGGGCUUCGUUCUUCUACAAGCACGCCCUUGGAAUAAACCCAUCGGUCCAGGUUCAGGAAAAAUAUAUAUCGCUGCUCAUAUACUACGAAUACUACCCGGAGGCUUUAAGCUAUCUAGCAGCACAGAAAAACAGUCUACUGGGACUACUAAGAGUUUACUGCAACCUGUUCCUUGGAAAGGUUACAGAAGCCCAGAAGCAUCUUUCGACUUGCCAGAUUGACUGGAGAUACCAUGCCACUGCAGGGUUUAUAGACCACCUGCUGAACAACCUCGACUCUGCUGCAGACAACUACAACAAGGCUCUCCUGAAAGCCCAUGUAAACUUGAUAGAGGAGCUUCUUGGGCUUGCUGUGGAAAAUAUGACGUGUAAGCAGAAUAAUAACGUAUAUGACUAUGCCACCGAUCUAUUCGACAACAUGAUCCCCAAAUAUUCUUUUGAGGUAAUCUGA